UGCGCGCACGGGCGCGCGAGCGGCAGACCCUGAGGCUAGGCGCGAUGGACUUGGCGUUUCCUGGUGUCCAGGGUCAGGCCCAGCUGCCGCCACCCGAAGCGUGGCCGCUGGUUGGCUCCAAGGAGGAGCUCUAUGACUGUCUGGAUUACUACUACCUGCGCGACUUCCCGGCCUGCGGGGCCGGGCGCAGCAAGGGCCGGACGCGGCGCGAGCGGGAACUGCGCACCAACUGGCGGGUGCCCGGCGGCCACGAGCGCAAGAUCGCGCAGAAGCUCCUCAACGGCCAGCGCAAGCGUCGCCAGCGCCAGCUGCAGCCCCGGCCGCGCACCCGUCUCGCCUGAGUGCUGGUGCGUGCGGGCCCGCGCGAGCGCCCUGGAUACCCAUACCCAAAGGACCUGAUAAAAGUAUUUUCUCUGACUCCAGCUAUAACUCCGGUCCUAAGGGGAACAGUCCAUGUUGGUCAACAGAACUUCUUUUCGACAUCGCUUAAGUUCAGUAUCUUUUCCUCACUAAUUGUUAAGUAACAUCCAAGUGGGUAUGCCUGUUUAGGGUUUUUAAUUAAAAGAGCAGCAAGAAUGGCAUUUUAACUCUGCUGGUGUUUUUUUUAAGUUGCUGUGGUAACUUGUUUCAAGUACACAAAUAUUUGAGUUCUUAUCUGCAAAGAAGACGUCACAAAGACGAAUGUGGGCAGAACAAAGAUAGGAAUUCUCUGCGCUUUGACCCCACAGCAAUCCUUUGAAGCGAAUGCUAGCUCCAUUUUACGGACGGGAUUCUGAGGCACAGAACUCAAGUAACUUUCCAGAGGUCAUACAGCUAAUUAGAAAACCUGGCAUAACAGAUACUCAAAAACAUUCACUCUUCCCAGCAUCACAGUUUUCCUCAACUGUAGACAUCCUUCUGUGGUUCAGAACCACCCACAAACUCCAUGUCCAAGAACUAGGGUUAUAGUUUAAAAAUUAUGCAGAGUAUGGCAGGGUCCCUCUUCUUUCUCUUCACUCUGCAUUCAGUCAGGUCUCUGCGCCCAGCGGUGAGUCCU